AUGUCUAAAUCCUGGAAGUUACAACAAACUCAAAGAACUGCCUUAGACGCAUAUACUACUUUUUUAGAAGGUUUAAAAGCGCCAUCAUCUCAUGCUACUGCCAUUUCAAAAUUAACAUCAUCAGCGGCAGCAGCCACUACAUCAUUAAGGAGUUCAAUAUCUCAUAGUCAUGAAACACGUUUUGGUAGUUUAACAUCAGAAAUUAGCCAACGUGUAACUCCACAAAUUAUAGAAGAUAAUACAGAUAAUCGAAAUAAUAAAACAACUACUAGUGGUACCUCAAUCUAUUGGCGACGUAUGUCACGUGUAGCUGAUAAUGUAACAUGGAAUUUACGUUUAUUAACAGGACAAACUGAACUAAUGACAUUAUUAUUAAAUGAAUCAAAUGAAUGGAUAAAACAAGCAAAAGAAUCUAGUCAAUCUACUGGUCUUUUAAUCAAAUCCAAUAUAACUAAUCUAAUUGAUUCACAUUGUUCACCAACUUAUUCUGAUAAAGAUCAAUUAACUAAUGAAUUAAGUAUAGAAAUUCCUUUAACGAAUAAGCCAAUAAUUGAAGAUCAUCUAAUACAAAAUCAUCAAACUUCAUUAGAUCAAUCAUUAAGCAUAAUGAAUGAUGAUGAUAAAAUGCCAAAUCUUAUGAAUAAUAAUACAACAAUAUUAAAUAGUUCAUUAUCACCUUUAUUAGAAAGUUCCUGUACAAAUCAAUCUGAUUUUAUUUCAAAUGAAACAACUUUAAUCAAAUCAAAUCUUGUGAAAAAUCUUUAUUCAUAUAAGAUUUCCACAGAUAUUAAACAAAAAUCUAGAUUAUCAUCGAAUGAAAGCACAACAACAACAACAACAACAACAACAAUUAUGUCACCUAGUAUCAUUACAACAAUAACUACUACUACUGCUGCUUCUACUACUACUGCUACUACUACUACUAACACUCAUACUACUCAUUUUACGAAUAUUAUUAAUAGUAGUAUAAAUAGUGUAACUACAACAACAACAACAACAAUGACAAAAACACUACCAACUUAUAGUAAUUCAUCAUCAGGAAAUUUAUCAAAAAUUAAAAAUCGUUUUAAUCAAGCAUGGAAGAAAUAAACUUCCAGUUUAUGUGAUUAUCCAAAACAUUUGAAUAUGAAAAUGAUUAUUAUAUUCAUUGGAUUGAAAUACCCCUUUUAUAUAUAUAUAUAUAUAUCACCUAUAUGAUUCAUAAUAGAUUUCCUAUUACAGAGCAGAAUAAACAAACUUAUCAAAGAGAAGAAUUAUUAUACAUUUGUGAUAUUAGCAUAAUAAAAGAGUAUUCAAAUUGUGUAUAAAAACAAUUUGUUAAACUCCAUAUAUCAGUAUUUGUAAACAAUUAGAAUAAUUGACUGAUUAAUUUCUCCCUUAUCCCUACCCCUCGACCCCUCCCCCCCUCCUGCAUUAUGCAUGAAAUGUUAUAUAAUCAUACUAUAAUAACAAUGUAAACAUUGUACACUUAAUUGAUUCAGAUUAUAUGAAAAAUUGGCAGAAAGGAUGGACCUCUAUUCUAUUCUAUAGUAUAUAUAUAUACGGAGAGAGAGAGGGGGGAUUAGUGUCCGCAUUUUCUGCACGAAAAGUACAUGUGAAUAAAUAGAUCCAAGGAAUAUUCAACAUUCUUCUAUAUACAUAAUUAAACAUUAUACAUCGACAUAUAUAAAUAUACAAAAAAUCUUUGUUUCAGAUUUGAUGCAUUUAAUUCUAAAUUGAAUUUCAUUUUGUGUUGAUCAGAUUUGUUUUUCUCUUUUUUCUUUGUCUCCUUUUCCUUUCUCUUCUUCUUCUUCUUCUAAUUAUGACUUAACCGUCAUCAUUUCGUUGUCUUCUUUUCUUUUCCUUUUAAACUUUCUCCAUAAUUCGGUUUCAUUUACAAAGUUGUUGACAAGCACUUUUUUUUCCUGUUUCUUCUUCUUCUUCUUCUUCUU